GGCCCAGCGCCAGUAGUAAUAUGGAAACAAUAAUAAACGAGCCUCUGGAUAUGUAGACAUGCUGGGGAGAGGCGGUGUCCCCCCCGUACGGAGGGUGAUGCUGAGAUGAUGCAACCAGAGGAGGGGGCAGAGGAUCAUCCGGCUGCUGCCAACAGAGAGAGAGAGGCUGACAUCCGAAACCGAUGCUGCCUGCCGUCUGAAGUUGGGGAUUAGUGAAGUGUUUGCCACCCCAAAUGAACACCCACCGGACAUUUAUCAACGUGUCAAACAGAAAAAAUAGGAGAACCUCAGAUUGAGCUGUAAAUGUAUCGGCAUCAGAGAGUUCAGUAUGAAGAAGUCAGUCCGGCCAGCGGUGAGUAAGGUGAGUGGGGAUCGAGGGAAGUCAGAGGCCACGGCUACCGCUGGGACCGGAAAGCCUGCAGCCAAGACUGGCACCACUGCACCUCUGUCUAAGGUGAAAAGCAAUGAUGAUCUUCUAGCAGCUAUGGCCGGAGGGAAUCCUGCAUCAAGUAAUGCUGUCAGCAAGACCAAGAGGACUGCCUCCAUUGGGACUACUGCUAGCAACAUAGACAGCAAGCCAAAGACAACAUCAGGUACUUUAUCCAAGCGUACAACAUCUUCGAUUUCCAAGGAGCCAAAUUCAUCACGAGACCGUCUGCGAACAUCCAGGACCUCAGCCAAUAAGAAGCAGUUGGUAUCAGGGACUGUAUCGGGGGAUGUAGCCUCAGGAAAGCGCUCUCGCAGCCAGAUCCAAGCAGAGUCUGAUGGCCGUAUGAGCAAGUCUAAAUCAGACGGCCAGAUCAGUGAUAAGGUGGCUCUGGAGACCAAAGUGAAAGACCUGUUGGGUUUGGCUAAAAGCAAAGACGUGGAGAUCCUCCGCCUCCGCAGUGAGUUGAGGGACAUGAGGGCCCAGCUUGGCCUGGGAGGGAAGGAAGCACCACAGCAAGAAGAAGCUGGGGAGGAAGAGAAGCCCCAGGUUUCAGCCAUCACAGCAGCUGAUGUGGAGUCCACUCUGAUUCUCUUACAAGAGCAGAACCAAGCCAUCAGAGAGGAGCUCAACCUGCUGAAGAGUGAGAACCGAAUGCUAAAAGACCGCCUCAAUGCGCUAGGUUUCUCUCUGGAGCAGAGGCUGGAUGCCUCUGACAAGCUGUUCAACUAUGCCUCCCUGAGCCCGGACCUGGCAGUGGGCAGCGGGCAGAGUGAUGGUGGUGGAACAGGUACACUGACCUCCUCAGUGGAAGGCUCGGCCCCCGGCUCUUUGGAGGAUCUGCUCACAGGACACCAGCAUGGAGGCUCAGCAGACAACCUCGACAGUGAAUCUAGUGAGGUUUACCAGGCUGUCACCUCCAGUGAUGAUGCUCUGGAUGCCCCCUCUGGAGCUUCCUCAUCAUCUGAGUCAGAGUGCGCACCCAGCAGGGAGCACUCACGGAGGGGCAGCAGCGGCAAUGCCAGUGAAGUGUCAGUGGCCUGUCUUACGGAGCGCAUCCACCAGAUGGAAGAAAACCAACACAGCACUGCUGAGGAGCUCCAGGCUACGUUACAGGAGCUGGCUGACCUGCAGCAAAUCACCCAGGAGCUGAACGGAGAGAAUGAGCGGCUAGGUGAAGAGAAGGUGAUCCUCAUGGACUCCCUGUGCCAGCAGAGCGACAAGCUUGAGUUGUAUGGUCGACAGAUCGAGUACCUGCGCUCUCUGCUGGAUGAGCAUCAUAUAUCAUAUGGACUAGAGGAGGACAUCAAGAGUGCCCGCUACAUGGAGCUGGAGCAGCGCUAUGCAGACCUGGCAGAUAAUGCCCGCUUUGAGAGGGAGCAGCUGCUGGGGGUUCAACAACACUUGUCCAACACACUGAAGAUGGCUGAACAGGACAAUGCUGAGGCCCAGGAGAUGAUUGGAGCACUGAAAGAGAGGAACCACCAGAUGGAGCGCAUCAUGGAGUCAGAGAGACAGGGCCGAGCUGCCAUGGGGGCUGCACUUGAAGAGUACAAGGCAGCAGUGAGCAAUGACCAAGCGGAGCUGAGCCGCUGCAGAGCCCAGCUGGACCAGGAGAGGCAGAGGGUGGCCGAGCUGUACUCUCUUCACACCGCUGGGGACAAAAAUGAUAUCUGCCAACUGCUGGAAGGAGUGCGUCUGGGGAAAGAAGAGGCGGAGGCCAAGGCGGCGAAGUUACAGGAGGAACUGGAACAAGCCCACAGUGAACUCACGCGGCUGCAGGAGACUUUCAGUAAGCUGGACAGGGAAUACAGAGACUUCCAGGAGCAGGUGCAGCAGCAGAUGGCCGAGCAGGAGCGUGUCCUGGAGAAGCAGCGUGUGGACCUGCAAGAGAAAGAGACUGAGAUCGCAGAUAUGAAGGAAACCAUCUUUGAGCUGGAGGAUGAAGUAGAGCAGCACCGAGCUCUUAAACUCCACGAUAACCUCAUCAUCACAGACCUUGAGAACUCUGUGAAGAAGCUGCAGGACCAGAAGCACGACAUGGAGAGAGAGAUUAAGAUUCUUCAUCGUAGACUGAGGGAAGAAUCGAUGGAGUGGCGUCAGUUCCAGGCAGAUCUGCAGACAGCUGUUGUCAUUGCUAAUGACAUCAAGUCCGAAGCCCAGGAGGAGAUCGGAGACCUGCGGCGCCGGCUGCAGGAAACUCAGGAGAAGAACGAGAAGCUGUGCAAGGAGCUGGACGAGCUCAAGAGCCGGAAGCAAGAUGAGGAGAGGGGCAGAGUGUAUAACUACAUGAAUGCAGUAGAGAGGGACCUGGCUGCUCUCAGACAGGGAAUGGGUCUCAGCCGGCGAUCCUCCACCUCCUCAGAGCCCUCGCCCACCGUCAAAACACUUAUCAAGAGCUUUGACAGUGCCUCACAAGGUCCACCUACCAAUGGCAGUGCCACUGUGACUCCAACAGCCUCUGCCACCCCACUACCACGCACUCCCCUCAGCCCCAGUCCCAUGAAGACGCCCCCAGCAGCUGCUGUUUCACCCAUACAGAGACACUCCAUAACUGGCUCUAUGUCAGCAGCCAAGCCACUCUCCUCCCUGAGUGAUAAGAGGCCCAGCUACACAGACAUAACCAUGCCAGCUGAGCACCUUCUCAGGGGAACCUCGGCUAGCCGACCUCAGUCUGUCCUCCAGAGGGUUUCCAACAUGGACUCCACCAAGACAAUCUCAGUGUCCCGAAGAAGCAGUGAGGAAAUAAAGAGGGACAUGUCUGCUACAGAUGCCUCCUCAACCUCCCUAAUGGCUAUGAGCGCUGCCUCCUCGCCGCUCUCCCUGUCCUCCUCCUCCCCCACUGCCUCCAUCACCCCCACAGCACGCAGCCGUCUAAGAGAAGAAAGAAAGGACCCGCUGUCAGCACUGGCCAGAGAGUACGGAGGCUCCAAGAGAAAUGCUUUGCUUAAGUGGUGCCAGAAGAAGACUGAGGGUUAUCAGAACAUCGAUAUCACAAACUUCAGCAGCAGCUGGAAUGAUGGCCUGGCCUUCUGCGCUUUGCUUCACACCUACCUGCCUGCACACAUCCCCUACCAAGAGCUCACCAGCCAGGAGAAGAGGAGAAACUUCACCUUAGCUUUCCAGGCUGCAGAGAGUGUGGGCAUCAAAUGCACUUUGGACAUAAAUGAGAUGGUGCACACAGAGAGGCCGGACUGGCAAAGUGUCAUGACUUAUGUCACAGCCAUAUACAAGUACUUUGAGACCUGACUUCACCAUCUCAGCCACCCUGCUCCUGCAGCACAGUCAGAGCUACACCAGCCCUCCUGAGCUCUCAGCAAUCUCCCAACCCCACAGGCAACUGUUAUACCUCACAGACACCCUCCCCCUCACCACAGCAACACUGCGUCACGCUGCAUGUUGGUCAUCACUAUUCAGCAACACUAAAGGCAGACCAGAACCUCACUGGACUCACACACAGCUACUCCAUCCUUCCAGUGCAGCUUAGAAGGGGCUUUGUGUACAGCUGUAGUUCAAGGGCUUGCCUGUAUGUCCACUGUUGAACUGAUGAGCCAUGAGACGUAACUUUGAUGUGAACCAAGUAUGAACUGACCAGCGAUGAAAUCCGAUAGAUAAUAUUUGCUUCCAAUUCAUGUCUGAAGGAGCAGCAUGAAAAAGAAACCAAGUCUCAGUGCCUUCUACCUGGCGGUUUUUUUUUUUGGUUGUUUUUUUUUUUUUGGCAAAUAAUAUAUCUUCACAGAUCACCCAGGCUCCAGGGUGUUAAGGGAAUUCCUGCAAAUCUGACUGUGUUUUUUCUUUUGUUGGUUAUGAAUAUUUUGUGGAAGCAUCUGCAGAACAACAAACCAAAAGUCAGUAAUGUUGGAAUUCCCCCGCAACCCUGAUAAUUCCCUCUGAAAGGAAUUCAGACAGACACAGCCUUUUUGCACCAAGUCUUCCAGACGUUACAGUUUGAUCCAGGUGCCUCUCUUUCCAUGGAUAAAGUGCCUGUGUGAGUUUUGAUGCAGGAGACCAGGACAUGAGCUCUCAAAAUGGGCCAAUCCUCCACAGAGGCAGUGUCUUUUCACUACAGUUUGUGAAGCUGAAGAUUUGAGGAGUUGUUGCCAAAUAUGUUCCAGAGCCUUUUGAUUGUUGAUUUCUGACUUACUGGUCAUCAGGACAGAGCAAUGCUGCAGAUGGCUACUACAUUAACAUCAGAUCAUGACUGAUUGUUUACUUUUCAAGCACAGAAAUAUGCUAUGUUCUACAACACUACUACACAUUUUGUUAAGCUGCACUAACACACUCUUAUGAUGGUUUUUCACAAAAAGAUUUGUAAAGGUGGACUAAUAUUCUGUUGUGUAUGGAGUUUAGCGCUGAUGUGUUUGCAUUUCAUAGGCCUGCAUUUGCCAUCCUGCACUUCUUUCAUUAGGCACAUAGAGCACACAGCAUCAUUUAAUCAUAACCAAAAUACGAGUGAGUAGUAUUUAGUCUUUUGAUGAAUUGUGUUUUGAUUGACUUUUAAGUUCUGUUCAUAUCAGAGAGCCUUAAACUUUAUCGGCCCACAGGUCGAAGUAGAAAAAUAGUCUCUCAACAUGGACUUCAUGUUGGGAAAAUGUGCCCUAGUGUUUGGAAAUUAGCAGAGAGGGAUUCAUAGACGAGGACACGCUGUAAGGUCAAUACAGCAUCUCAUUGAAGGAAGAGUUUGACUUAUUGGAAAUACACUUAUUCAUGAGAAAAUUCAUACCACUCUAAUGCUGUACACUAAAUGAAAAGCUGGAACCUGGAGCUGGCUAGCUUAGCUGACUAUAAAGCCUUGAAACAAGGGGAAACAACUAGCGGGCUCUGUCCAAAGUUAACAACAUCCAUCCUAGCAGCACAUCCACGUGUAGUCAGACCUUUCCCCACAGCGGUGUGAGCACUAGAGAAAGGUCUGUAUGCACCCAUUAUCAUUCUGCUAUAGGGCAGAAAUGCUCUGGGUUGUUUUUAUUUCUCUGAACCAAUCGCAUUUGUGUAGGGUGGCAUUGAGGCCACAAUGCAGCGAUGGUGCCCUCGCAAAAUCUAAUCACUUAUAGUGGAAGGGGAGGAGAACACUGGCUGAGAUGAUCGGCAAACGGCCAGCUUUACAGUACAAAUUAAACAAACGAGAUACAACAUGUUAAGUAGUGAGCUUCAGAGGUGCUGCUGGGCAGAUUACCUUUGGACAGAGCCAGGCUUGCUGUUUCACCUGUAUCCAGUCUUAAUGCUAAGCUAAGAUCAGCUGCUGGUUCUAGCUUCAGAUUCAGCGUACGUAGAUGAGAGGGGUAUUGUUUUCUUCUUAUCUUCUGAGAAUCAGCAGGAAGUCAAACUAGUGUAUUUCCCCAAAUAUCAAACUCUUUCUUUAAUAUCAGCAAAUAUUGUGUAACCUUUUUGUUUAUUCACACAAAAUAUUCACACGUGAUCGGACAAUUCAUAGUGCCAUUGACUAUUGUGUGUGUAAAUACUGAUGCUGUGUUAGACAGGUAGUUUUUUCAAAUUCCUAGUAUGACUAACUGUUACUAUAGAGCUACUUUGUAGCACAUAAUGUCAUUUAAUUUGUUGGAUUUCAGUCAGCAACAUUAAUGUUGUGUGUAACAUUUUAAAUAGUCCUCAUAUUUAGUAUUUACAAGCAGUAUACAAACAUUUAAUUAAUGGUUUAUAACACACUGUAAUGUAGUUGUAAGCAAAAAUUUUAAAGUUUAUUAAUGUGCAGUAUUUGCAAGCAAUAAUGACUUCUCCUGACAAGACUUAUUUUAUAUGAAUACAACUGUAUUUCCACUUAUGGGUAACAACAGGUGGAGUUUCAAUUGUGGACAAAUAGAUUAAUAAACACUUACUGGUAAAUCUGCUUACAACUACAUUGUAGUUAAUUAUAAAUAAGCUAUUAAAUGUUUAUAUAUAGAGCUUAAAGUGUUACUGUGCAAUGCUGUCUGACUGUGUGUUUAUCGUGCCUCAACAUAUCAAGUUCACUGUAUUUAUUUGCAUGGUUUCCAAUCAUUUUAGUGAGGUCAUUGCUUCAUUGGUGUGUCUGAAGUGUAUAUGAAUUUAUUACACAUACAGUAAGUAGCUGCACUGAGAUAAGCUUUUUUGUAUUUCGCACUAAUUUGCUGCCUUAACAGUUCAGCCGAGGCUUUUGCAAGUGAAACUGUGACAUUUCAAACUGCAGUUAUCUUUGCUCACUAGACGUGUGUUGCAGUGUGGAAAUAAUUUCUAAAACAAGGUCCUUCUUGUUUGUGCCUCCUGAGGAACACUAAUAGUGAGUGAUGGCCAUAAACCAUGUCUGGUGAAGGUGACUACACACUGUUAUGAUUUGGACCAGACGAAGCUGCCAGCUGGUAUCAAUAGCAACAUCAGAAACAUUUUUGUCUCGAUUUAGAAGCACAUCCUGCCGUGCCGUUUGCCAAGCCACAUCACCACUAUGUGUACAGCUGCAUUAAACACUCAGCAAUUUAAAGUCAGCACAAAAGCCUGCUACAAUGACAGUUUUAUUUGUGUGUGCGUGUGAGAGUGAGGUAUUUAAUGACAUUUGAAAGCACUGGCUCUCUGUUGUGAGGUUUGUGAUGCCAUGAUGCUGAGGAUUAUCAGCCAACACUUUUAUUGUGUUCUGUUGUGUUCCACCACCGGUCCCGUGUUUUAUUGCUCCCGACAGGAACGUCUGAGAGCUACAGAAAGAUUCAAAGCUUCUCCAUCCUGGAAGUGGAAUGUGUUUUUGAUCACGCUUUAGUGAUCCUGGGACUUUACGAGGUCCAGCGUGUGCUGAUGUAGAGUGAUUGAUGAACAUGAGGAGAGAGAAGACGGCUGGCAAAGGCUAGGAAGCACAUUCCACCUUCACAUGAUGCUACGAGGGACAUGUUAAACUGUUGGGACCUGAGAUGAUGCCCUUUGAGUGUGUAGCUUUACCACAAUGAGCAAAGCAAAUGUGAACUGUGCAUUAUGUCUUUAUUGGGUCCACGUCAUCACACUAUUUUCUUUGUUUACUUGAAAAUGCUCUGAGAAUUCCACUGAACCUGCUUUAGUUUGUCUUUUUGUUUCCAUGUUGCCUUUUUGUUUUUACAAUCCAUGCCACAUUUUGUUUUUGGUGUGGAAUAUUUUUUUCCUGAUCACACUACACGCAGUGCUGAAAUGGUCCCUCUGUAAAGUUAAAGAUGAAUGAGUAAUUCUGUGUGUCUGUGUGUCUGUGUGUGUGUAAAGGGACUAAGCUACAGUAUUAAGUGCACACUACGAUGAUAAUCAGUUGUAAAGAAAAAUGCUGUCUGGUUUUAUGUUGCUUUAUUUUUUUCUGGCUAUAAAAUAAAUGAAUAGUUAUAAAAGACCAAUGAAACA